AUGGUUGGCGAUUGCGAAGACCGCGACGAAGAGGAGGAGCAGUCGGCUCCGGCAAAGAGGAAGCAGGGAGCUCAUCUUGGACAGGAGAGGAUUCCAUGGGAGGACUGGAACCCAUGUCGCCGAGUGGAGAACCCGGGGAGGAAGACUCAACGGAGGUGGAGGACUCGUGAGCAGCCAAGGAAACAUCUGUGGAGGUGGAGGCUUCACUGGCAUUAG